ACUCAUGCAGCUGAUCUUCUUGCACGCCGACUGACAAGUACGGUAGCUCUUUCUUUAGCUUCAUUUCCAACAUUUCAUUCACUUAUUAUAUUUAUUUUUUUUAGAGAACAGCGUUUUGCACAAAUGGAGAUCCUGUGGAAUAUUCUUGUUAAUGUUUUUUACUGACUUUAUUCAGACUUUGCACAAAGCUUUUCUGUUGGUUCAUCCUUCUAAGGAGCUGUCACAAUGGAUAAUAUAAAGCCCAAGCUGAAAGUGCUGAAGAAGCGUCGCUCUAGUCUUUUUGCAACCAUAAAACGGGAAGUCAGCUUUUCACAAAGUGGUGAAGAAGAUGGGCAAGAAUUUCCUUUUUCACAGGACAGCUCAGUGAAACCAUGGACAUCUAUGGACAACCUUGAUGCUAGUGCUCAGCAAAGCACAAAGAAAAAAGACAAGAAAAAAAAUGCAUUAAAUCCAAGGAAAUCAAACAUAGUCAACCUCAAUGUGGGUGGAAAAGUGUUUCACAUCCCCAAGCAUUUGGUUCUUCGACACCCAAAAACCAGGAUUGGAGUCCUUGCUCUCUGUGAUGAUCCGGUUAAGCGUCUGACGCUCUGUGACGAUUACAACGUCCACAACAAUGAGUUCUUCUUUGACAGGGACCCAAUGUUUUUCCAUUACAUUUUCCACUUCUAUUGCAGUAAUGUCCUGUGGGUGAUGGAUAGUCUUUGUCCUGUCAACUUUGAGGAGGAGAUGUCAUUCUGGGGGCUCAAACUGAAGGACACUCCAAGGUGUUGCCGCAUUCUGUUUGAGGAGAAAGUGGAUGACAUCCGAGACCAACUGAAGGUCAACAAGGAGCUAAUUGAUGAGAUUAAGCCUCAUCAGGAUGAUGAGGGCUACAAGAACAUGUUUCUUGGAACUUUCCGAAAGGCCCUCUGGGAUUUGAUGGAGAAUCCCUACUCCUCACUGUCAGCUAAAACCUUUGCUGUGUUUUCCAGUCUUUUUGUGCUCAUCUCUAUUGUGGCCAUGACCUUAAAUACAGUCAAAGAACUUAGGAAGUACAAACUUGGAGGUAAAACCUACAUGGAGUGGGUAGAGGUAGCCUCCAUUCUUUUCUUCACAUUGGAGUACUUUUUGCGGUUGCUCACCACAUCCGACAUCAAACAUUUUGUGAAGAGUGCCCUCAACUUUGUCGAUAUAGUGGCUGUCAUGCCUUACUUCAUCCAGAUCCUUUUUGAGACAUUUGUUGUAGAUACAGAGGACAUAAAUGCACAGGAAGAUUUGAAGACAAUGGCAAGAGUCAGUAAAGUCAGCAAAGUGCUUAAGGUUGUCAAGCUGAUGCGCAUCUUCCGUAUCCUUAAGCUUGCCCGUCACUCCACAGGCAUGAGGGCGUUUGGUUUCACUAUCCGCCAGUGCUCUGAACAGGUGUGCUGUCUGUUUCUGUUCAUCGCUAUGGGCAUCUUCACCUUCUCAGCUCUGAUGCACUCUGUUGAGGUGGAUCAGCCUGGGACACCUUUCAGCAGUAUACCGGACGCCUGGUGGUGGGCUGCAGUGAGCAUCUCCACUGUGGGCUAUGGAGACGUCGUCCCCAUCUCCUAUCUCGGCCGCUGUGUGGCUUUCGGCUGCAUCUCCUUUGGCAUCAUCCUCAACGGCAUGCCCAUCUCCAUUCUGUUCAACAAGUUCUCCGACUACUACGCCAAACUGAAGGAGCAGGAAUACAACAUUUCAAACACUGAGCGCACCUUCCAGCUCAGGAAACGGCUGAGACGUAAGUUUGACAGCUGCUUCGAACCCCCAGAGGACUCCGAUGAUGAGAUCCACUAUCGACCGAGUGGAAGGCAAUAUUAUGACGAUGAGGAUGAAUGAGAGAAGCUGCCUAGUUGUGAUCUCGGUAACCCUAAAUGGCCUUAUCACCCAGGGGUCUACAGAGAAUGAGACCCUGAUCUGCCUGCAGCCCUGAGCUUGUGUGACUUAACAUAAACAAUCUAAAGGGGUAAAAGGAGGCAGCAGCAAGUUGAGAUAAGCUCUAAGCCUCAGCUUUGCAGUAGGUGCUGUUUGCAUGCUACGGGGGAUGAUGAUUUCUCUGUCAAAUGGACAAGGUGCUCACAGUGGAUGGCUUGUUAUCUGUUUCCAGGAAAAGCAUCUAGAUAAAUAGAUGUUUGAAGCAAGGAGGUCAAGUCGUAACAUUAACAAUGAAGCAAUGUUACACUUAGAUCACCUUAAAGGAAGCUUGCUUUCAAUGGAAGUGCUAUUAAUGAACUAUUUUGGACAUCUACAUGGUCUCUUACAUUUUAUUUUAAAUGCUCAGAACAAUGAACAGUGUAACUUCUAACAUAAAGUUUGGCCAAUACAAGCUUUUCCUGGUGGAUUGUAGUCAUCAUAUUACAAUUAGGUGAAAGAAAUGUAUAAGCAACCUGUCAUUUACUUGUAUGUGCAUCUGAGUUCAGCAUCAUCAGUGCAAAGCUCUUCCAUGUGCCAUGCAUUCUCUGUCAGCAAUGUUCUUGCUGGGUUUUUUUUUGGUUUGUCCAGUCUCUCAGCAUGUUCUUGAAGGCACCUAAGUAGAGCAAGAAGUGCAGCAGAGGGGUGUGGCACUAGCGAUCAAGAGCCACGGGGUAAUUUUGCUGUCAAGGAUUACCAGGAUUUGCGCUUCCUGCCCGGUCAGACAAGGGUAAAAAGUCAAUCAUGUACUCUGCUAUUUUGGUGGCACAGAGAAUCUGAUCAGGUGCAGACAAUCGGGUUCUAUUUUAACAGUUACAAGCUGCUUUAAUGGAUGAUUUGCCUCUGACAGACAAUAUAUUCCAGCAACUGGGAGGAUUUUUUAUUCUUAGUUAUACCUGAGCAACGCUGCUUAUUAUUGUCAUCCAGCGUCUCAGUAUUUGGGAGGAUCUCUGCAGGGAGAGGGAAUGUUCUUGACCUUCAGAUAUCAGGCCCUGUGGUCAGAACGUCCUUGUACUUUGCUGCAAGCUGAGUUGAGCUGUCAUUAAACCAGUUCUCGUCUGUGGCACGCGGUGUCCAGAGUUAUAUUAAGCAAAUGUAUUAUCUCAUCCUGGGCAUAUUUAACAAGCUCUGCUGGCCAGUAGGGCUGGACAAGGGUAGGUUUAUUUAACUAGGUCUACUCAAUAUUGUUCUGUUGGCUGCACUGACUUUAAAUGAAAGAGAAACGACAGCGAGUUCUGAUGCCAGGAUCUACCACUGAUGUACUGUACUGGUGAUUUGCUGUGCCUCCGAUCAUGAAAAACACCUGCAGUGUACAGUACACCUCCACUUCACCCAUAUGAAACACAACGAGAGACAGUUGUAAAGAUGUUCAGUGUAAUCAGAGGUGAACCAUUAGUAAAAUGUUACUACUGUUUCUUUCUUUGAAGUUUGUGCAAGUGCAAAUAUAACCGUUGGAGAACAAUAAUUUUUUUUUCCAGUAGUGACAGAUGCGUCCAAUUUAUGUUUACAUUUUUCCUGUAACAGCGAUGAUAUUUUAUUAAUGACUGUUAUCAUUUGUAAUUUGACAGCUCUCUUGCAUGGAUAUAAUUGUAGGAACAUGCGAAAUGGGUGAAAAAAAGAAUAUAUGAUGAUACAUAUUGCAUUUCACAGGCUUUAUUUCACUAAAUUUCAUUUAUUCUUUCUCACAGAUGAGCAAGUCUAUUACACAGUUGUGGUAAAAAAUUGAUUUUCCUCAUGCAAAAACAGUAGAAUAUUUAAUUUCUGUGUUUUUCUUGCUUGCAUAUAACAUCACAGCAAAAAAAAUUGCAAAUACAGCACAGUCUGGAAAACAUAAAGCACAACUCUUAUCAUAGUUUACCACUCUUCAGAUACUUCAAUAAUGAAAAAAAUGAGAAAGAGUAUUUCUUGGUCAAUAAAAUGUUUCUCGUCUGCA